GCAAUCAGCGAAAUGAGAUCUUUGGGUAUUUUUUUGAUUUUUGUUCUGUCAAUCAAGCAAAACCAUGGAUUGCCUAAACCACAGGUUGGCGGAUUAUUGAAUGGUGGCAUGGGUUUUGGUGGUUUAACGAAUGGACUCUCAAACGGACUUACCAAUGGAGCACUGAACGGAGUUACCAAUGGAGCACUAAAUGGAAUUACUAACGGAGCUCUUAAUGGAGUUACAAAUGGUGCACUCAACGGACUUACCACUGGUGCACUAACUAGAGUUACCAAUGGAGCACUUAAUGGAGUUACAAAUGGUGCCCUUAAUGGAGUUACAAAUGGUGCACUUAACGGACUUACCACUGGCGCACUGACUAAUGGAAUUGUCAAUGGUGCGUUAACAAAUGGAGUUUAA